AUGGGUGGCCAAUUUUACACUGGCUGUGUCGUAUGUGGCAUUGAAGCCGGCUUUGGCUUCUGUCAAUCGAUUUGUGUUCAUUACAGGGAUUUGAAGGAGUCGGGUCAGGGAGCCCAGCUGCUUUGGCUCGAUGCAGACGAGUUGGAAAGGACGUAUCGCUUCCGGGAGAAGGAAGAGUGGGUGGAUACUUUACGUCUAAUCUAUUUUGAUCGAUCGAGCCAGGCGUACCGACUAUCCGGUAUUGCACAUCUUGCAGAUCCCAGAGAGACCUACUUCAAGGCUCCAAUCGACAGGAACCAAGCAUGCAUUGGCUUAACCAACCGAGACCCAUCCGGUCUCGUCAGGUACCACUCUCAGAAUGUCGCUUUGUGGUCCAGAUCAUUGGCUAAGCCGGUGGACUGGCGUGAAUUUGCCUUUGCGGUUCAUGCCUCAUGUUGGUCAUUGACCCUGAGAUUUGUUGAUCCUGACGCGGAGAAUCAUCUCCAUACCAUCCUUGCUGUCUCAUUAAAGAGGAUGACGGAACUCCACACCGAGGAGUUUCUGGUUUGGGAUACAUGGACGAAGAAGCGACGCGCACAGGAUCCCUUUCGAAUCCCGGUCGUCGGGAGGCUGAUCGAAGAAUGCAAGCGACGACGGGCUCCGGCUCUGCGCCGGUCCUCCCGAGUGAGGUCCAGGAUGCCGCGGCUAAAUCUGCCUUGCGACAUUCUUUGCUUGAUUCUCGACAGGUUGGACUACCUGAGCGUCCGACAGUUUUGUCAGGCCGUACACUGCCCCCCGAUGGACAGCUAUUGGCGCUGUCGAGCUGCUCCUUAUCUCCUCGAGCUGAACGAGAUCCGACAUGAAGACCUUUACUGGCGACACCUGUGCCUCGAGAUUGAAAAAUUCCGGAGGACUAGCGAGACCUUUUGGGCUCGAGAUCGUACACUGAAAAUACUGUGUCAUAACAAGGAUGCUUACCUGCGGAAUCUGAAGAAGGCACAACCCCUCAGCCCAAAGGAUGUUAUCAAUCAUAUCCAAUUUGGCGUGGAACAUGAUACGGCGCAUAAUCGUAUAUUCAAGUAUCCUGAUGAGUUUAACUAG